AUGUCCUCACACCAUUUACGAUCACUGCUGAGCGCUGAUAGAGGAGGCGGAGGCUUAUUAUUAGAAAACGCUCCUCUGAGUCGAUCCGGAGCGCAGAAGCAGGAUCCGGGUUUCAACAUGGCGGAGCAGUCCAGUGAGCUGGAGGACCUGCUGGAGGAUCUGCAGAAUGGCGGCCAGCAGCAGCUGUUCUCGGGCCAGCCGCAAUCCAGAGGUGCAGCUUCAUCUUCAUCCUCCUCUUCUGCACCACCUGGCUCCUCUGUGGACAAACAGACCAUCAUCAGCGACAUCCUGCAGAUGACGGACAGCACCGGCAGCAGUCCUCCGAACCAGCACCAAGCUUUCCCUCCCAUGGGCCCUGCAGGCUUUAAUGGUGCCAGGCCCAACCAGCCGAUUCGAGCCGCUCCUCCAGUCAGGAGCAUGUCUCUGGACGGCGGUAUGGGCCCCAACCACAACGCUGCCAGACCCUUCCCUCCUCAGCACAGGAACAACAGCCCUUACACUUUAAUGCAACAGCACCAAAGCAUGAUGGGAAAUCACGCGUGCAUGCCUAACCAGGCUGCAAUGGCCAACGCAGGCAUGAUGAGUCGGGGCUCAAUGCAGCAGGGUUGGGGCCCCCAAGGGUCAAUGGGGGCCAAUCCAGCGGCCGUAAUGGGUCAGGGGGUCGGACCCGGUCGCAUGAUGCCCAACAUGAACGCUGCGCUUCCCAUGAGAGGCAACGGCCCGCCUGGAUCCAGAGGCAUGGUCAACAUGCAGAUGAUGGGCAACGAGAUGGAGAUGACAAACCCCACCUACCCUCAGCAGCACGUAGCGCCCAAUCAGACGGCUCCAUGGCCAGACAGGAUGAUGAUGGAUCACUAUGGAAACCAAAACAGGCCGCCGUACGGAGUCCCACAAGAGGAAAGGAUGGGGUGCUGCAACACGGGGCCCGAGGGUCCGCCGGAUGAAGGAUCCCUACUCAACCAGCUGUGCUCAAUGCUGAAGGACUACGAGGGUCUGGAGGAGAUCGACAAGAUGCUGGGAAUCCCCACUCUGGCUGGACAGGGCCCGAUGUCAGACCAGGACCAGUACCUUGGCUCUGCAGACCCAGCAGCCGGUAUGAAACCUCCCCUGUACAGCCAACACUAUGCCACUCAGUCGGGCUACGGCGGCCUGCCUCCAGAUGGCGGGUUCCACGGACCCUCUAUGGGGGGCCAUAUGGGGCCGCAGAGGAUGCCACACGCUGGCUACCCACCAAUGAUGAGGAUGCCUGGAGGCUUAGGGCCCAGACCAGCCGGGAUGAGGCCAGGAGGGCCUAACCCUGUAGUCCCCCCCCAGCCUAACAACAUGAGGCUUCAGCUGCAGCACAGACUCCAGGCCCAGCUGAACCGCCAGCCGAUGGUGAACCAGAUGAGUGGAGUGUCCAAUAUGAAUCUACCUCUAAGGUCUAAUGUACCAAACCAGGGAACCCUCAACGCCCAGAUGCUCGCCCAGCGUCAGCGAGAGUACCUCACCAACCACCUACGCCAACGCCAACAGCAGCAGCAGCAGCAGCAGCAACACGUGCACCAGCAGCGUGCCAUGAUGAUGCGGACGCAGGGCAUCAACAUGCCGCCUAACAUGCCCAGCGGGGGGGCCGCCCCUACGCCGAUGCCCAUGGGCGGCACCAACCCUCGUCUCCCACAAGGAAACCCGCAGCAGCAGUUCCCCUAUCCGGCCUCCAGCUACGGUACCGGCCUGCCCUCUCCUCCUCCUCCACCUCCUCAUCCUCCUCCUCAUCCCGCCUCCUCCAGCCCCUUCUCCUCCCCUCUCUCCCCCAGCCAUCAUCUGGCUAGCCAGGGCAUGAUGGGAAAUGUAGGCGGGCAGUACAGCGGGGUAAUGAGUCCACCAUCACAGCACAGUGCCUUCCACUUCAGCAGCGCAGGAAUGAGCCAGCAGCAGCAGCAGCAGCAGCAGCAACAACACCAGGAUCCAGUGUCAGGGUUCCCGUGUGGGGCCACGACCCCCCAGAGCCCCCUGCUGUCCCCCAGGAUGGGGCAGGGUCAGAGCCCCAUGCUGCAGCAGGGUCAGGGCCAACCCCAAUCUCAGCCGCAGGGCCCGAACCAGGGAGGGCCCCCCAGCUACCAGACCAGCUCCGAGCUCAACGGAUGGCCUCAACAAGCCAACAUCUCCACCAGCAGCAGUGUGUACCCCCAACAGUCCCAGUCCCAGUACCCCUCCCAACCCAACGGAGGGAUGUACAGCAGCAACAACAACAUGAACAUGGGCCACGGCGCCAUGGCGACCAAUGGAGGCAACAUGAACCAGAUGUCAGGACAGAGGAGCUCGAUGGCCGCCAUGAAUACAGAGCAGGUGAGUGACGGCAGCCUUAUCCUGGAGCAGCUGGCAGGAAUAGACAUGAUGACACAAGAGGGUGAAGACAAUUCUAAUUUUUGCUGACGUCCGCUGAAGUUGAGACGAUAUUAAACAACAGGAGCCCUCGCAAAAAUACCGACUCCUCCUCUCAGCUCAUCAGGAAGCAUC